GGAGGAGGACGACGACGAGGAGGAGGAGGAGGAGGAUGGAGCCGGCCCGGCUCCGCCGAGAGAUCAGGGCAAAGUAUGAAUCGCACAUCACCCGAAAUCAGAUAAAGACCGUCAGCUCAGCAAGGACGCAGGCAGAAGAAGGUGCAAGUAAAAGAAUGGACAAAGAUGCAGAAGCACUAAAGGCAGCCAGAGCAGAACUGUGCGAGGCCAGACGGCAGUGGCACCACAUGCAGAUCGAAAUCGAGUCUCUCCACGCCGUGGAAAAGGGUUUGGAACGUUCGUUGCGGGCCACGGAGCAGCAGUACCACAUGCAGCUACAGAAUUUAGAAGGUGAGAUUGAAUGUUUGGAGAAAGAGCUGCUGGAAGUGAGAAGGGGAAUUGAGAAACAGCUUCGAGAGCAUGAAAUUCUCCUGAACACGAGGAUGAAGCUGGAGGAGGAGAUAGCGACGUACCGCAGUCUGCUGGAGCAAGAGGAGAGCAGGUUCCAUUGCUCGAUACCUGCCCAGAAGGACGACAAAAAGCCCAGCACCAGCAAGAUCACCUUUAUGCUGCCUCCAGAUGGUGUAAAGAAGCACGAGCCAGAGAAGGUGGAACUGAUGACAAAACAAGCGAUCCUAGAUGGAAACAUCAUGAAGGAAAGUGCUGAGGCUCAUGGCACUGUACAGACAGAAAAAGUGGAUGAAGUCAUUAAGGAAUGGGAAGGCUCUUUCUUUAAGGACAACCCUCGCUUAAGGAAAAAGUCCGUCUCCCCGUUUGACCUCCACCUGGCAGCCACGGACGAGGGGUGUCUGCACACCAAAAAGAAAACUCUCCCCGACAUCGAGGUCAGGCUGGUGAUGAGGAGAUCCCGCAGCAUCCCCUCCAUCAAACCUUAACCCCAGCCCGUUCCCCCAGAGAGCAUCUCCAGCAGGCUCUGGGAGCAAACUGCAGAUGGACUCGCACAGCCGCUGUCUGCUACAACCACACCUUACCAGGCACGUGGAGCCACACGAUAAAACCGUACAAAAGUCCUCUAAAAAAACAGGGAGAGGAGCAAGGCAGUUCAGAUUCCAAGAAGCCCAACUUCUACUGGUUUUAUACUCUGGGUGCAGCCCUUUCAUUUUCUCAUGGUUGUUGUUUUUUGUAGAAUUUCACCAAAUAUGACGAAAUUUAAACUAGGACUUUAUAGUUUGACAUAUUCUGCUUUUGUAAAGGAGAACUUGCCUUCUCUUUCUGGAAAUGAGAAAUGCGUAUUUCACUCUCUUACAUAUUCAAUAUUGCAUAUAUAUAUAAUGACUAAGGAAUCCUUGCAAUAAUUUAUAUCACAUCUGUCAUAAUUCUAGAAAUAUAUUUUAAAAUAAUUCUUUCUAACAGCAAAACUUACGUACAAAGAUGCUCUUAAAAUACAUGAACUACUAACAAUUUUCUUUUAAAAGUGGCUGGUAUUUUUAAAUUCGUUUUUUUAGGCAGCAACUGAGCAAGAAUGUCUUUCCCUUGCAUCCUUAUACACCCAUUUUUAAAAGUGUUAUUACAAUCCAGUAACACUUUAGCUGUGCCGUUCCCCUGGUUUUGAAGCAGUGAUUUCCCCUGAAAAAUCAAUGUGUCUGCACACACCUGUCCUACAGCUCUCUUAGCCAGGGCAAGUGAAAUUACCCUCUAAUUGUUCAAAUGUGAGGAGUCAACUAACCAUUUUAAUGCCGGUAUUCCGGUAAUUUUGUUUAUUGUAGCAGUGUGCAUUAAAAUAUCUUCAACAAACUCCUCUUCUGACAAACAUGAAGGGAACUCUCUCCAUCUGUGACAAGUUACUGUUACACCAGGGUACAACUGUUAUUCCUUCAAAUCAACUGGGCAAAAUAAGGGCUACAAAUUCAAAGUCCAAGUCAAGCAGAUCCUUUAAGGAACCCCCCCCAGUCCUGCUCGGAGUAGCCGUGGGCAAACACAGAGCCAUCCCUCCUCCUUUGUAAGGUUAUGGGACAAUCAAAGACUCAAACCAGACUGUAACCAGGACAAGAACGAUUGUUUGUGAGGAUUCCGUCGAGGAUCUGAUCCCAGCUCCCACCGGGAUUGCAGAGCCUGGAAACCCCAAUGCUCCGGCUUUGCCGGAUCCCGGCAGCGCUAAAGGAUCGAUUUCAGCGUCAGUAUCUGCCUUAUUACCCGUGGCAUGUGCACAAAACUGGCCCUACAGAUUCCUUCAGAGUUCAUUUACGCUUCUAUCAUUUGUUCAGGGUAACAAUGCAUCGAUAUUGCCCCGUCCUGUCUGUACUGUAUCAAGCUGGCUAAUUAUCCUUAACCUGAAUCCCCCAGCUGGUGUUGUUACCUCUUGAGUACUUGGCAUCCUGAAUGUAUCAGCCUGCUCCAGUAUUUCCACUAUGCAGCUUUUUUUUUUGUGCUUAGACUCUGUACAUUUUACGAUACUUGAAUCUAAACUAAGUUUUAAUUGCUUUAAGGCACUUUAAACAGGGAUACCAACUUACCAAAGUAAAUUGUAGUACUACAAUAAAAAAGUAUUAAAAUGGA